AUGUUUUCCACUUUCACAGGCAACUCACGGCGCCCACGGAACGUCAACCUUAGCGGGCAGACGGGAAACCCAUUCACGAAUACCUCAUGGAGUCCUUCCAACGUUUCGAAUGCCACCAAGGCAGUUUCCGAUGCUCAAGCCGACCGAGAGAAGCGACAAGCCGAGAGACAGCGUUUGAAGGCAGCAUCUACUAUCCAACGUGUUUGGAAAGGUCAUCAGGAACGGCGACAGGUUUGCGAACUGCGUCGGAGGUCGUUCGAUAGCAUAUACGGGGCGGAUCAGAAUAAUUCAGAUAUCUCGAACACGCUGCCGGUGGCUUUCAGCCUCCUGAUUUCCUUCUUCUCUCAUCGUCGCAAGGAUGAUGUUGCUCGGCUCGUUCGAUUCGUAAGGAACUGUAGCAAGGCCAGGCUCGAGGACAUCGUGCCACCGGAUGUGCACCCUUCACGGGUCAGUUUAUUUGUGCGGGCUCUCGUGGACGCAUUGAAGGUGAUAGUAAUAGACAAAAAUUGGCCUGAAAUACUCGAAGUUCUGUCCUUAUCGAACCGGAUCCUCCAACAGCUCCCCGACGCAGUACAUGGAUCUGUCGAAUCAUAUUAUACUGCAUUGGCUAGCAUCUGUCAACUCACCGACGGAGAGUCCACAGUCCUUCCCAUACUUGUAGAUGCCUUCUCAGCCCCACUGCGGGCAGAGUCAAAUCAAGACCUCAAAGAAAAGGCAUAUCGUGCCAUAUAUCUUGAAUUCUUGACUCGACAAAGCAUUCUCAUCUUCGAGGCGAAUAUCGCAGCAUUCUCUGUUGAUCUUGAUAGGAAGUGCUUAGCAUCAACGAUCAUCAAUGGAUAUCUAGGAGCGUUCAGAUCGGUGAGCAAUAGUGAGCUUUUGUGGCUUCUCUCCCACUAUAUUGCUAUCUCUCAAAGCUCCAUCAACUCAACAGAUGAAUUUCUUUGUUUGGAGGCUCUGGAUACACAGCUGUCGGUUUUGAUGGCAGAGAUCAACUCCCGUAUGGAUCUUCGUGUUUCUUCAGACCAAUCGACAGACGAUGAAGCCAACAAUUCGCCAGCACAACCUCUAGAGCCCUACGUAAAGAACACUCUGUUACUUCUCGUCAGCCAAGGUGCUAUUACCAACCUUUUGCGCAACUUGACAGACACUCUAGUAGACUCGUCUAAUGCUCAGUUGCGAAAAGGAAGUGUCUUCGGCUCGUACAUCUCAACCCUUCUACUAUGUUUCCCUGGCCAGGCCGAUGAUGUCCGCAUGCGACUCUUCCUUGGCUCCGUCCCAACGCCAGAAGGGGAUACGCCGACCGUGAAAUUCUUAUGGAACAAAGUGAAAUCGAGUACCUUGCUCAACAACGUCAUCACGGAAUCGCAAUCACCCAUACACCUACUUCGAAACUAUGCUAUUGGAAAUCCUCACUCGACGAAUAGUUCAGAGGAAGAGCAAGAGUGGCGAAUCAUCUUGAUUUUCCUGGAAAUAUACAUCUUCGUACUUCGUCUCAGCGAUGAUGAUGACUUCAUCAGGGCAAUGCAUCCACACAGGUUUUCCAACGCUGACACUUCCCGCAUCCAAGCAUGUGGUCUGAGGAUAGAGGACCUGGAACGUUUGACGACGUUCCUAAAGAAAACGGCAUUUUCGCUCUACUACCACUCACCCCAAAUCUUCAACACCGCCUCUGAACUCGAGAACUACGCGAAUUCAAGAUUAGGGUCAUAUUUGGAAGGCUCUACAUCCAUAUCGAAGGGAGCCGAUGCGGCACCAUCCUCGGGCAUAUUGGCCAAAUCGGACGUUAACCGACUCAAGGAUAUUGUUACUACUACCAUGAAGAUGUUGUAUGAGAGAGAUUCUCGUCAACACUUCCUCCCUGUCAAUCAUUGGUUGAUGACGGACAAAUUAGAUAGCGAAGAUUUUGUCACGGCCGUGAUUGCAGAGGAUGAGCGCCAAGCUCAAGAAGGCGAAGAAGAAAGUGACGAAGACAGUGAAGAGGCAGCACUGGAUGCUCAAUUUGGUCCUACCUUUGAUUUCCGUGGCAUGAGCAGGUUUGCCAACUCUCGUGUUUCGCAUAAUGCGAGACUGGAGAGACUCCGCAUCAAACAAAAACGGCUCCAGAGAGAACGUCGACUUGCAAUUAUUGGUCCUAAACUCGAAGUCUUGAAGCACAUGCCUUUUGUUGUUCCCUUUGAGACAAGAGUCAACCUCUUUCGCCAGUUUAUUAAUCUAGAUCGCAUUCGGAGAGAUGGGGCGAACUUGGCGACGCAAUUCGGAUUUGCCAACGCCCCUUUCGCCCGACACCAAGCAAACAUCCGACGUGGACAGCUAUUUGAAGAUGCCUAUGAGGAAUUCUACAAGCUUGGUGAAGGCUUAAAAGACCCUAUAAGCAUCACAUUUGUGGAUCAAUUUGGAGCACCUGAGGCUGGAAUCGACGGUGGCGGUGUCACAAAGGAGUUCCUCAUCAGUGUGACAACGGAGGCUUUCAGUAAUACAGAAGGCGAACUAGGGAUGUUUACUUCUAAUAACAGAGAACUUCUCUACCCGAACCCAACCGCCGUGGACAAUGUCCGCGAAAUGCAACGCCAGGCCGGUCUCGGGGAGUACGACCCAGAAAUGCGGGAUGCUAUCGCAAAGCUUCUUCGGCGGUACGAGUUUCUAGGCAGGAUUAUCGGAAAGUGUCUGUAUGAGGGCAUCCUCGUCGAUUUGGCCUUUGCCGGCUUCUUUCUUCUUCAAUGGCCAUCUGCAGGCUCAAAUGAGGGAAACACGUACAAGGGGAGCAUCAACGACCUUCGGGAUAUGGAUGAGUCUUUGUAUAAUGGUCUUCUCCAGCUGAAAAACCAGUCAGGCGAUGUAUCGGAGCUAGGCUUUGAUUUCACGAUCACGGAUCAGGUUUCUUUGCCCGGCGAACCACUCAAGACAGUGACCAGAAACUUGGUGCCAAAUGGUGAUAAGACUCAAGUCACAAAUGACAACCGCCUCUUGUACAUCUCGUAUGUCGCUCGGCAUCGUCUUGUUGUCCAACCAGCACAACAGACUGCCGCUUUUCUUCGCGGGCUCCGCACUAUUAUCCGCCCUUCAUGGCUAUCGAUGUUCAACCAGUCUGAACUACAGCGCCUCGUGGGCGGCGAUUCAUCAGAAAUAGAUAUCGAGGACUUACGGCGCAACACUGUCUAUAGCGGCCUGUACGAAAUUGGCGAUGAUAAACAAGAGCACCCCACAAUCGAGCUGUUCUGGAAGGUCAUGAAGGGUUUUACAGAUGCUCAACGACGAGAUGUGCUGAAAUACGUGAGCUCAACGCCACGGGCGCCUCUGCUAGGCUUCUCACAGCUGAGGCCCAAAUUCAGUAUCAGGGACGGCGGUAGAGAUGAAAAGCGGCUGCCCAGCACAAGCACAUGUGUCAACUUGCUGAAACUCCCACAGUACAAAACCGAGGCAAAGAUGCGGGAGAAGCUCCUGUACGCCAUCACAUCUGGGGCCGGGUUUGAUCUCAGUUGA